AGUUUCAAUUGAUUUUUUCCGCACGCAAAGCUAAAAGUUAACGGAAAUGAGUGCUCCUGAUGCCAAGAGGAUUGCCGAGGCUGAGGCUUUACUGGGACAGGUCGACAGUGCCGCGGAUGAGUAUGCCAGGGCUGGUACGUAUUUCAAGGCUGCAACUGCAUAUCGAAACGCCAAAUGCUUGGAUAAGAGCAAGGAUUGUUUUUUGAAGGCCAUCGACUGUUACAUGAACAACAAGUCGUGGUUUCAUGCGGCCAAGUCCUGCGAGCAGAUUAUCCUGCUGGCCAAAGAAACAGAUACACUAUCCGAAAUUGAGGAAUAUGCCAAUAGGGCUUGCAAUCUCUAUCAGCAGCACGGAUCUCAGGAAGCAGCAGCUGCCGCCUUGGAUAAGGCAGCCAAGAUGACGGAAUCCAAACAUCCUGAAUUGGCACUGGAGUUCUACAAACGGGCACUGGCAGUUGUCUUGAUUGGGGACUCCACCCACCAGGCAUCGGAAUUCGCGUCGAAAGUCUCCAGGAUUUUGGUCAAACUAAAGAAAUUCGAAGAAGCCAGCAAAGCUCUCAAAAAGGAGAUAAGCCUUAAUUUACAAACGAAAUCGUACGGACAAGUUGGACGUUUGGUCGUUGCUUUGGUACUGGUGCAAUUAGCCCUCGAGGACUUCGUAGAUGCCAAAAAGUCAUUCAAAAAAUGGGGAAACCGUUGUGAUCCCCAAGAGGUUAAAACACUGCAAACACUUCUGCAAGCCUUGGAUGAUGAGGACGCAGAAUUAGCUGCCAAAAUGCUGGCCGCUCCAUUUAUCAGGCAUAUGGAUGUGGAGUAUGCACUUUUAUCCAAAAAUAUUCCAUUACCAUCAGGUAUUAAACUAGAGAAAGAAGGCGAAGACAAUACUGGAUCAAUAAAAUAGUUGUAAUAAAAGAUCCUCAAGUGACAAAAGCUUUAAAAUUGUAGAAACACUGUUAACUAUA